UUACACAUUUGCUGAGCUCUCUGCUUUUCCCUCUUGGUGCGCACCGCUUUCGGUCCUGAAAUACAUGGUGACGCAAGUCUUGCACAGCUCGUCCGCCAGCCGCUCCAAGUAGGUAUAUCUUCCCUCGUCGAUGUUGUCGCAUCCUGGGGCAAAGGUGCCAUUCUGGCAAGCAGACUGCGGCGGCUCGCCCGGCUGCCGGACCAGAGACGUCCUCGCCAGCAGCAUCAGCACACCGGGCAGAAAGCAUGUCUGUGGACAGGAGCAAACGCUCAGGGAAAAUUGGACGGCCACAACUUUUGAUGCAUCUUCUCACCAGGUGACCCAUUUUGGGGUCCUUGCUUCUGCGGUGCUCCGACACCUCGGCGACAUAGACGAGUCCCCGCCGUCCGUAGUGGACCUGCCCCUCCCUGUCCCCAUGUGUCUUGCUCCAGUCUGCCUGGGGCAGUGUCGGCGGUAUUGUGGUGUUCGAAAGCAGCUCUGGCAGCCGGCGAAGGAAUCCCAGCAGCAUGGCUUGCAACAGCUCGUCUUGUUGCCCUGAGAUGCACACAGACGUUGAUUGACAGUGGAACCGACACAAGAUUCACCUACCUGUAAGAACCCACUCCUUUGCGAGGUACUCGUAGAAGGAAUCGCCUCGUGGACCCAGUGAGAUUGUCCCUCUGUGCGUGCUGAGGUCGUUUGGCUUGAGCAGGACGGGCACCAGGCCAUGCUUGCUCACUUGUCUGCGGCGCUCGAUCAGGUCUGUCGUCGCCUCGGCUGCCUCUUGGUAGGAGCAAUCCCCGGUGAAGUGGCUCAACGUCUUGAACUCGAGCUGGACUGAUCCUAUCUCUGAGCAGGGCAAGGAAAGGGGCACUCUUCUGGCUGUGCUGUCCUCUCCUGCGUGUCCCUUGCUAUUGCUUACCUGCGAGACAUGAGGUGCCGGCGAGAUUGGCUGCCUUUCCGUUAUCUAGAAAGACGUCAGAUGUCUGCGGAACAUCCACAAAUCUUCCACCGUCCAUCCACUCCUCGAUGAUAGCACCGCUAUCCGACCACUGUCUUGGUGUGGCCGCUGGAGGAAACGCCUUCAGCAGCCGCCCGCCUAGCGAUAUCGCUUCUUCCAGUACUCGAUUAACAUUGUGGCCCCGACGCUUCUCCUCUUCUUCUGUCAUUUCGUCCUCUUCCUUUCCAGGCAGGCUUGGUCUCAGCAGGGAGUAGAUACUCCUGAAGGAGACCACCCUGCAGGCGAGUCGACACGAGAAAGGGGGAAAUUGUAUCCAAGAAUGCGCAAAUGUUCCUUCAUCUCCUCUGGUUGGUACCAGCUGACGGAUGGUCGUCUGACACAGCCAGACACAGACAAUCAAUGACAUGAGUGGACGAGCAUUACAACCGAUUGCUCAGUCAGCAUCCUUUGUGCGUGUUUGCCCAUACCUCAAACACAUUGACGUUGUAGUUGCGAUCGAACGAAAGAUGGUCCGCCACCCAUUGCAAUGCCCUGUCCAGUUCUUCAUGCAGACCAGCAUAGAAAAGAGUGUCCAUUGAGUCGAGGAUCAUCACUCCGAAGCCGCCCCACGGGUUUUGGCCGAUCCCAUUGGACGGGGUCAUCUCAUCGCUGCCAAAUGCAUGCCGCUCAUACUUAUGCCAGAACCAUCGCAGAUUGCGCCGCACGAGGCCCUUGCGAAUCGCACUCUCUUCCGCCAAGUAAUUUGAGAAAGACACACACAUAUUGCUCAUCAGGGGACACUGUCGGUAGUCCCUGAUAGCGCUGAAGGCCUCCAUCUGCAACAAUGACAUGGCCACCAGAUCGUCCUCAGACAACAGGUCCAUGAGCUGCUUGGAGCACCUUUGUGUCCGGCGGAUCUCCGCAGGCGUCAACUGCCUUCUCGUCACCGUUGCCAGCUGGGGUAGGGCGACUGGGGAUGGCGAUGGCUCGACGGCUGGGGGUGCGGACAGGAUGCUCAUGUGUGUGAAUGGCAGCCGAUUGCGCAGCAGGAAGCGGGGGAACCUGGGCGGAUUCGCCUUCUCCUCAGCCUGGCCGCCGUGCAGAUAGGAUGAGAGAUCUAGGAUCACCAGGAGCAUUGUCGUCACCAAGAGCGUCAGACACAGUAAUCUGGCCAGGCUCCAGCGCCUCUUGGUGUUGGUCGCCUUGAUAAUGUGCGGCAGAGGGAGCAGCAGCUCCUCGGUUGCUGCGGGGUGGCCAUUGCGGCGCUUCAGCUGCCUGCAGGGUGCAGAUUGCUCCACGCACGUGGCAGCUGACGCAUCGGUGGGGAUUGGUCUUGGGAUAGGUCCCAAUAUCAGGCGUCGAAUGGCGCAGCGGAUGUUCAU